CCAAAUCAGAGCAGAGAAACCGAUGCCCGCCCGGUCAGUUUCGGUUUGGAGCUUUCGGACGUCGGUUCAGAGAGUGCGGUCGGUGACAUACUUGUGGUGGCAAGUCGUCGUCCUUGUUCUCGUCCUCGUCGUCGUCGUUCAUUCGCGUUAUUGUAAGUUAUCGCUCGGUUCCGGACAGGAGUGCGAUCCUUCCCAAUAACUCGGUUUGUGUGUUAGAAGGAAGACACUGACGGUUUUGGCGCGCGUUGUCACUUCUGGAGAAGAUUGAAAUUUAUGACUGAACGUUACGUGGUGCGGUAACGCGUGGUAGAUUUUUUACGAGGCACACGUGUCCUCGUGGUAGAUUCUGGUUCGUGCAGAGAACCAGAACAGCAGUUUGUUGUCAUUAUAAGUGCUACAGCCCCGGCUGUAAUUUACUCGGUGUGAGUUGGCGAAAUAUUUUGGCGUUGAUGCUGAUUUGCUGCGAGCGAUAGUACACAAGCACCAUGAAGAACGCCAAGAAGUACAUCAUCGGAGCGUCGGCACUGCUCAUCAUUCUGGUCGGAUGCGGAGUUGCUGUCGGAAGAGCGCUCAACAACGAUGACGACUAUAUGUUCGAUGACACCCCAAAAACGAUGGACCAAAUCCUGACGGAUAUCCGCAGUCACAUGCAGGACUAUUCCGUGGCAGCCUACAUCGUUCCUUCCGUUGACGCCCACAACACCGAAUAUAUCUCCCAGCAUGAUCGCCGACUGCAGUACGUCACCAAUUUCACCGGUUCUGCAGGAACGGCCAUUAUAACCCUGGACAAGGCGCUUCUUUGGACCGACUCUCGGUACCAUUUGCAGGCGGAAAACCAACUGGACUCCACCUACUGGACCCUGAUGAAGGAAGGCCUUUCCGGCGUACCGACACGUGACCAAUGGCUGCUGGACAAUCUACCCUCGGGUUCUCAGGUCGGCACGGACCCUUUCCUGAUCGCGAGCACCGAGUUCGAUCGACUGGGACGGGUUCUGAUCGCUGGUGGUCAUCGGUUGGUCACGUUGGAGCGCAAUCCAGUGGAUAUCGUGUGGAACAAUCGUCCCACGCAGACCAGCGGAGAUUUGAUCCGACUGGAUAUUCGGUUUUCUGGUAAACGAUCUUCCGAGAAGAUGGCUGAGCUCCGGGAUACCUUGGACACCCAUAAGGCCUCGGCUAUUGUAAUCAACGGACUGGAUGAGAUUGCUUGGCUGCUGAAUCUCCGCGGAACGGACAUUCGAUACAAUCCGGUGUUCUUCGCCUACGUGAUCGUAUCCAAGAGUCAGAUCUUACUAUUCACCAAUCCAGAUCGAAUUAACGAAACCAUCCAGGAGCACUUCCGAGAGGAGGGAAUCUCCGUAGUCGUUCGAGACUAUGGAGACAUACUGGAUGGUAUUGAAACCCUGGCGGAGGACGGUGGCAAGCUGAUCAUUGCUACCUCGUGCAGUCAAGCGAUCUACUCCAAGGUGCCGGCCGAGCAACGAAUCCAACUGUACAGCAUAGUGGCUUCGAUGAAGGCCGUCAAAAACGCCGUCGAAGCGGAAGGUAUGCGAAAAGCUCACGUGAGGGAUGGAGCGGCCGUGGUUCGAUAUCUGCAUUGGCUCGAAGAGAACGUGGACUCAGAGAAUAUAACGGAGCUGUCGGGAGCGGCGAAGCUGCGUGAGUUCCGAAGUAUGCAGGAGAACUUCGUUGAUUUGAGUUUCACCGCUAUCAGUGCCUUCGGUCCAAAUGGGGCCAUCGUUCAUUACAGUCCAACUGAAGAGACGGACACCCUGAUUACAAGAGAUAACAUCUACCUGAUCGAUUCCGGUGGUCAGUACUUUGAUGGUACGACGGACAUUACCCGAUCGGUGCACAUGGGCGAACCAACUGCCUUCCAGAAGGAGGCCUUCACUCGCGUCCUCAAGGGUUUCCUAAGUCUCGGAUCAGCCGUAUUUCCAACAAAGACAUCCGGAACGUUCUUCGACGCCAUGGCACGUCGAUCGCUGUGGGACGUUGGGCUUGACUACGGCCACGGAACCGGACACGGUAUUGGAUCGUUCCUGGGAGUUCACGAAUACCCGCCGUCCAUAGUGUCGAACACUGCAUCCCCGGGUAAUCAAGGUCUUCAGGAGAACAUGUUCACCUCCAACGAGCCGGGAUACUACGAAGCGAAUCAGUUCGGCAUCCGACUGGAGGACAUUGUCCAGGUGGUGAAGACUAACGUGGCGCACGACUUUGGAGGCCGAGGGGCACUCACGUUCUACACCAAUACGGUGGCGCCGCUGCAGACCAAGCUUAUGGACGUGUCGUUGAUGAGUGACCACGAGGUGCAACUGGUGAAUAAGUAUCAUGAGAGGGUUCUGCGAGAGGUGGGAGCCUUGCUGCUGGAGCAGAAUGCCAACGAUGCCUACGUCUGGCUGGGCAAACAGACGCAACCGAUAGUGAAAUCGUAGUAUGAAAUAAAUGGGAUGGAGAAAAGGGA